UGGUGCGCGCGCCGAGGCUCCGGAGCCGCCCGGGCCGGGGCAGUCGUGCCCAGCCGUGAAGCCCGCGCUGCGACCAAGGCGCGGCCUCGGCCUCCGGCUGCCCCGCGGAGCGCGGCCCAGCCUGCCGCGAGCCCGGCCCGAGCUCUCCCGUCUCCUCCCUCGCCAGGCUCCGGCGCGGCGACUGCACUGCGUAGCCGCGGCCCCGUGGGGAUGACGGUCAGCGCGCGUUCCCGGAGCGCGUGAGAGCGGAGGGGACUUGGCCCGGUGGACGUCGGCCGCUGGCGGGCGACACAGGUGUUCGGGAUGGAAGCGGAAGGCUUGGAUUGGCUUUUGGUCCCGCUGCACCGGCUGGUGUCCUGGGGGGCCGCCGGGGCCAUGGUGUUUGGAGGGGUGGUGCCGUACAUCCCGCAGUACAGGGACAUCCGGAGGACUCAGAACGCCGAGGGCUUCUCCACCUACGUGUGUCUGGUGCUCCUGGUGGCCAAUAUUUUACGGAUUCUUUUCUGGUUCGGAAGGCAUUUCGAGUCUCCGCUUCUCUGGCAGAGCAUCGUCAUGAUCCUGACUAUGCUGCUGAUGCUGAAGCUCUGCACCGAGGUCCGCGUGGCGAACGAGCUGAACGUGAAGCGCCGUUUCUUCGCAGCUGCAGAUAAUAAGAAUGAAGAGCUCAGAGCCCUGCCCAGGCGGUCCUGUCUGGGUAUGUACACGCUGCACGAGGCGCCCCCAGAACACUCGCUCCAUUUUGUUCUCUGCAGCUUCGUUCCCGCUGUCAUCACUUCCAUCUGUGCGCUUCUUGAGCAUGCAUACUUCGACCCUCACCACUUCUGGCACUGGAGCAGCUUUGCAGACUAUGUGCAGUGUGUCCUGGCCUUCACAGGUGUGGCAGGCUACAUCACAUACCUGUCCAUCGACUCGGCCCUGUUUGUGGAGACCCUGGGCUUCCUGGCUGUGCUGACAGAGGCCAUGCUGGGCGUGCCGCAGCUCUACCGCAACCACCGCCACCAGUCCACAGAGGGCAUGAGCAUCAAGAUGGUGCUCAUGUGGACGAGUGGCGACACCUUCAAGACGGCGUACUUCCUGCUGAACGGCGCGCCCCUGCAGUUCUCCGUGUGCGGCCUGCUGCAGGUGCUUGUGGACCUGGCCAUCCUGGCGCAGGCCUACGCCUUCGCCCGCCACCCGGCAAAGCCGGCCCCCCACGCAGCGCACCCCGCCAGUGCCAAGGCCCUCUGAGGCGGCCGGGGAGGAUGAGGACGUGUGACCACCGGCCACAGGCACCGCCCCAGCCACCUGUCCUCCUGCGUGGGGCAGGUGGGCACCGUGGCCCCCUGAGAUGCAUCCGGGCCGUCAGGGUCUCAGUCAGCCUCCAUGGGCUCUCAGGGUGGCGGGCGGGGGCCCAGGUGCCAAUGUUUGUGCCCACUCACCCCGAGGAAGAGUGUGAGCCGGUUUUACACCUGAGGGCUGCGAUUCGGCUGUUUUCAAGGUGAUGGAAGGCAGGUCUCUCAGAACACACCUGGUGGAUGCUCAAAGACCCAGGAAAAGGCGGGCUUAGGGCCGCUGCGGGACAGAGGGCAUCGGGGAACCUUCUCAGCCCUGCGGAUCAGCUCAGCCCACAGUGGGCCCGGACGUGGGCUGGGGGGCUGAGGGGCCUACAGCAGCCGGGGCCCGGCUGAGCCUCCAGACGGGUGGGACUGGGGAGGAAGGAUGAGAAAUGGCAGCAGGAGAACCGGGGUCCCGGCAUGCAGAGCCUGCAGUCUCAGAACGGCCUGCGAAUGGACGCCUUAGUGAUAGCGUGUGGCGGGGGGGGCCUCAGGGCAGGGUUGGGCCUGGGCACAGAGAGCAUGGCUGGGGUUUUAUAUGCGCCUGGUACACAUGGAGGGGAAGCUGUAGGGACGCACGUUACGUGUGCUCUCAUUUAUCUGGCCAGAGUUGGCCUUUCAGGGCCUGGGACUCAGCCCUCAGCGUGGCAGUGGGGCCCAGGGACCUGGUUGCUGGGCUUGCCUCCUCCCGGGAGGGGCUGGUGUGGACCACUCUGUGGGGAGGGGGCAAGCCUGUGUCCACAGCUGGGGACUGGCCAGAGCAAGCUCAGGGGUGUUGGAACCAGAGCCUGGAGCUCUCCAUGAGUCCUAGGGGUGUGUGUGGGGAGUGUGGUGUGGGGGGUGUGUGUGUGGGCUCCUGGGAAGGCCGAGGCCCAGGGCGGGGCUGGGCAGGUGCACCUGGCCACCCGAAGAGGCUGCCCUGCCUUCGGGAAUUGCACACAUCAGCAGCACACAGCCCUGGAUGUCCAUCUUCCAGGACGAGGACGGCCCGCAGGUCACGGAGGACACCUGAGGCAGGCGUCCCUAUGGCGGGCAGGGUGUCCCCACCCUCUGAGCUUGGGGGCCUGGCAUGACCUUCCAGGCUGGUGGGCCAUGGCCUGGCACGGGCGUCCCUGCCUGCUGUCCUCCUGUCUGUGCGGUUCUCCAUGUCCUGCCUCUGGCUGUGGGGGGCCGCUGGCCUGACAGUGGUCUCCGUGUUUGUCCCUCCCUCUCAGUUUUACACGAGCAUCUUAGCAUCUCAGCCGUGCUCAGCAGCCCUGUGCCAGCCCCCAGAUCCCAAAGGCUGAGCGUUCUAGAUGCUUCCGUGUGGCUCCCACAGGCAGCGUUUUCCCUCCUGCUGGGUGGAGGGGUGGCUCUCUGCAGUGUCCACGCUGUCUGCGGCCAGUGCCAAAGCUCUCGUGGCGUCUGCUGUGGCCAGUGGAAAUGUUCAAAGCCGUUUCCUCCUCCUGAGGUUUCCUCAAAAGCUCCUGAACAUUUGAGUGAGGAUCCUGCUAGUUCUUUGGCCUGUAAGAUGCUUUGAAAAAUGUUUAUUUUUAAAAAACGAAAGGAGAUGUCUGUAGCAGUAAUUGCCUCCAAAUUAAAAUGUCACCGAUUGCCGUGGUGACUGAAUGUGCCCACGUGUGGGAGAACUCGAGGUUCUGUUGGUGUGGUGACUUUAAAUCAAUAAACCGCUCACGGAUCCC